AUGGAUCCAGACUUUGAGCGCCUGAUUGGUUAUCGUUUUAAAAAUCGAGGCUUGAUGGUCAAGGCUCUAGGAGAGGCUGGGCUACAAAUCGCAGGGAACGAGCGACUUUCCUUGCUGGGAGAUAAAGUUCUAGCAAGCAUGCUGCUUCUUCGUUGGUAUCGCGAAGGUAAGAUCACAGAGCAUGGAACGAACCUACUUCAGGCUUAUGCCUCUAAUAAGCAGUUGGCCUCUCGAGCUAGAUCUUUGGAGUUACCAAAUUUCAUUUGUCAAAGACUGGACCUGGGGAGAAAUGUGCCAGAUCAUGCAUUGGUUACCGCGGUGGAGGCAAUUAUUGUUACCGUCUGGCUUGAUGCUGAGGACAGCGCGCAAAAUGUCAACAGGGUGAUGGAGAAAAUGAGCCUGUACUCGUCCGAAAUCUCUGAAUUCACCUAUCCGAAGUUGGACUCGUGA